UAGAAGGUCGUGUCAUAAGAGAUGCUCGAAUCUCUGGUGACAACCCUUUUGAAUCGCUUUCUCGGAGCAUAUGUCUCCAACUUGAACUACAACCAGCUACAGAUAGGAAUAUGGUCAGGCGAUGUCGUAUUACGGGAUCUUCAGCUAAAAAGAGAAGCUCUCGAUAAGUUUGACUUGCCCGUCGACGUUCUGGAAGGUCACCUUGGUGAGCUCACUCUCAGCAUCCCGUGGUCUAACCUCAAGAACAAGCCCGUCAAAGUGUACAUCAACAACGUUUAUCUAUUAGCCGUACCUCGAAACGAGUCAUCUAUGACUGAGGAGGAACGAAAUCGGCGCCAUCAGCAGUUGAAGAAGGACAAACUAGCUAAUGCCGAGUUAUUAUCGGAUCCAGCGAAGAAUGCUCCUUCGGGUACUGUAGACCCCCAAGAGGAGGCUAAAAAUGACACCUUCAUCAACCAGUUGACCACCAAAAUCAUCGACAAUUUGCAAUUCUCCAUGAAGAAUAUUCAUAUUCGCUAUGAGGAUGAAGGAGCUGAUCAACUUCAGCCAUUUGCAGCAGGCAUUACGCUAGGCGAGUUGAGUGCCAUAUCGACAAAUGGGCAAUGGGUGCCUACGUUUAUUAGUGAGGCUACAAAUACGAUACACAAGCUGGCUACGCUGGAGUCACUAUCGGUUUAUUGGAAUACAAAUUCCAAGUCUUUGGCAGGAAAAGAGGAUGCCAUGGCUGCGUUUUCAGAGCUGAUUACCACUAAAUACAACGUGCCAAGCGAACAUCAAUACAUUUUAAAGCCAGUGUCAGGCACAGGAAGAAUCAACAUCAACAAACGGUUUGGAGGAGAGGUGCCAAACUUGGAUGCCACAUUAUUAUUUGACGAAUUGGGCUUUAUUUUGGACGAUGAACAAUAUCGUGAUAUUUUAGCUAUGAUUGAUGCUUUCCAUGCCACUUUGAAACGACAGCAAUAUCAUCAAUUCCGUCCUCCUAAAGAGCACACUCCAAAGAGUCAUCCCAGAGAGUGGUUCCAAUAUGCCGCAAUGGCUGUGAAAUCGGAAAUUCAUGAAACACAUUAUCGAUGGAGCUGGGAACAUUUCAAGGAAAGGCGCGACGAUAGAAUCCAUUACCUUGACUGCUAUGUUGCCAAUGAACUUGGAAGAGCCACUCCAAAUCAGGUCAUCCAGCUCAAUGCACUAGAAGAUAAGCUCAGUUACGAAGAUAUUAGAUUUUAUCGAAGCAUAGCCAAGAAUCGACUGCGACGUGAGCGUGCUGUCAUCGCCGUGGAGGAAAAGCGCAAGAAAGAAGCAGCAGCGAAGCGGCCUAAUCAGGGUGCAUGGAUUAGCAAUUGGUGGUAUGGAAGUUCCACCAAUCAAAUGGAUGAAGCAGACGAGGAGUUACAAAUGACAGACGAGCAGCGUCAAGAGUUAUACAAUGCUAUCGAAUAUGACGAAGAUAAAGCGGCUGUUACUACUGCUGUAGACUUCCCUGUGGAAACUAUGAAACUGUCCCUCAAGACCACCCUCAACAAGGGUUCCUUCAUGUUAAAGCGUCAUCCACACAACGAAAAGCCAACUGUGCUUGGAUCUCUUGUUUUCGAUAUGGUCACCACCAACUUUGUGCAGUUUAUGGAGGGAUUUAAAGUAACAGCAGCUCUUGGUGACGUUCGCCUCUACGAUGAUGUUACGGAAGGAACUUUGUAUCGACAGCUUAUUGGAGUCAAAGAUAAACCAACCGCGGAUGAUGAUGACAGUUCUCCUGUGAAUGCUAUCACUAAAUGGCAAUCUUCAAGGAGCCAGCCAUUCUUCUCAUUUGCCUUUGAACAUAAGCCCUUAGAUCGUCGUGCUGAUAAUGGUUUAACUUUGAAAAUGCACCAUAUUGAAAUCAUUUACAAUCCUUCCAUUGUCAGAGAAGUCAUCGGGUUCUUUACUCCUCCAGAGUCAAGAAUGGAUAGUAUCAAUGCUUUGAUCGAAGUGGCAGGAGAUACUUUGGAAGGAAUCCGAAAGCAGACCAGAGCCGGUCUUGAAUUUGCGGUGGAACAACACACAACGCUAGAUUUACGUGUGGACAUGGAUGCUCCCAUUAUCGCUAUUCCCGAGGAUUGUACCAGAUCUAAUACUCAAGUUAUUGUUCUUGAUGCUGGUCAUAUCAAUGUUGAAAGUCAGCUAGCUCCUCCUGAUGCACUGAAUGCUCUCAAAUCCAAAGCGAAAGAAGAUUACAAUGCCGAAGAUGACAUACAACUCCAAUCCCUUAUGUACGACAAGUUUUCAGUGCAAUUGACCCAAACCAAAGCUCUCAUUGGCUAUUCUGUAGAGGCUUGCCUCGAACAGAUACAAGAUCCAAAGCCUGAAAAUGAUUACUUGCACUUCGUUGAGCGUAUUGACAUGUCAUUCAUGGUUGAAAUGUGUAUCUUACCCAAGACAACGGAGAUGACGAGGUUCCGUGUAUCUGGACAUCUUCCGCUUCUCUCAGUGAACUUUUCUGAUCGCAAAUAUCGUACCUUGAUGACCAUAAUUGAUCUUGUCGUUCCAAAAAAUGAACAGCAAGACUCUACGGGAUCAACUAGUCCCAAUCAAAGUAACGAUCUCGCCACCGAUGACGAAGAGACCGUACAGAAACACGGAUCUCGAAAUAAUGUGAUAGCCAAGCUGUGGGGUCAAAACGAAGUUUUGGUGGAUUCUGACAGUGAUAGAGGCGACAGUGAUGAAGAAGACAAUAGCUCCAUCUCACCGUCUACUGUAACGACCGAUACUGAAUAUACGGAUCAUGAACUGGCACAAGGCAAACCGCGCUCUCAAAAGCAACCACCGCGCAUUAACUUGCAACAAAAGUUAUUCGAGUUCGAUUUUACGGUUGAUAAAGUCUCUGCCUCUGUGAGCGAAGUGUCCAAGAACUCUUCAAAGCAAGAAGAAUUGCUAUGCGAUUUGGUCUUCCAGCACUUCCAGCUCCACUUUGCCCUUCACCCUUACCACAUGGACGUUGACGUCGCGUUAAAAUCUCUCAAUGUGGUGGAUCGCAUGCCCCAUGGCCAUGAAUUCAAAUAUUUAGUUACUUCCGAGAGAAUUGAUGAAGCUGGCAAGGCUACUGAGGAUACCAAGAAUCUUGUCAAUGUCCACUAUGUUCGCAUCAACCCCCAAAGCCCAGAGUUACAGCAAAAGUACAAAGGUAUCGGACAGACAGCGGAUGUGACUCUUUCUACUUUGAAUUUGAUUGUUACCCAAAGUUCGGUGCUGAGAUUGUACAACUUUGUCUUGACCACGUUUACAUCUGGGCCUAAUGCUCAGCAGCCAUCUAUCCCGUUGCCUGCAGCGACUCAGACCGGAAAGCCUAGGUCGGCUUCUAACCCUAGUCACUUUGGUCGACGAUUAUCAUCUUUUGGAGAGGCUGAUGCUGAAGCAAAUUUGAUUGCCAGUGCCAACAAAAAUCAACUCCAACAAAAUAGCAACAUCAAAGUAGAUUUGAAAUUGGAGAGUGUCAAUUUGAUUUUGAACAAUAACGGUACAAGAUUGGCGACCGGUGCACUUUCCCAUGGUACCAUGGAUAUUUUGUUGUUCAACGAAAAACUGCAAGUCAAAGCCAAGUUUGGUAACUUCAUCCUGACAAACGAUCGACAUGAACGCUUGCCGCAUCAUUUGAGAAAGACCAGCAAGACAUUGCUAUCCAUGGAGGGCGACGAGCUUGCUGAUUUUAGCUUUGAAACCUUUUCCCCCAAGGAACCACAUUAUCCUGGAUACGAUCAAUUACUUUACUUCCGUAUGGGAUCUGCUCACAUGAAUUUCUUGGAAGAGCCAGUUCAGCAAGUGCUCCACUUUUUGUCCACGUUCGCGGAAAUGAAGUCAGUUUACGACAGAGCAAGACAGGCUGCCAUCGAGUCUGCUCAGCAGCUACAACAAGCCGUGACUAAACUGCACUUCGACUUCUUGAUCAAAUCGCCAAUUAUUGAAUUUCCAGGAGCCACACCAAAGUCUGCCUCCAGCAUUAUUACUGCCAGGCUAGGUGAAAUAUCUGCCACAAAUUCGUUCAAGGACGAUCAUUCUAAGCAGGGCUACCUCAACCUGAUCAAGGCGCAAAUUCGAUCCAUCAGCCUUUCUUCGAAACCAGCGUCGCAGCUAGUAGACGUUGAUACCAACGGAAAGAAUCAGUUGUCAAUCAUCAACGAUAUUGAUUUAAAUUUCGAUAUCGAAUAUUCAGACGGUUCUCUAGCGGCAGAGCGUCCAGAUAUCAAAAUUCUGGGUGGCAUUACUGAUGUUCGCAUGAACUUAACGCCACAACAGCUUGCCUGCUUGCUUGAGACUAUUAAUGCUGUUUCAAGAUCUUUGAGCAGUCCAGGCGAUGAUCGUCCCAACCUCGAACCCACCAAUACACAAAGUACUCGCUCGUCUGACAAGCAAAUCGAAGCUCCAAAAGAUGACAAUACGCAACAGUCAGAUGAUGCCUCCAUCACUCGUUUACAAAUGUCCAUGAUCAUGAAGCAAACUUACUUGGAACUGUUCUCAAAGGAUUCGGAUGGAAAUGAAGAAGAUCUUUCCACCAUGUCUUUGGCCAAAUUUGCUUUGAAUGAUAGUGAAUUGACUCUGAAUAUGGCUAGAGACACGUCUAUGAAAGUCGAUUUUGCUGUUCAAUCUCUGACGUUGAGUGAUACUCGUCCUGACGUUAAAAGUCGAUUCAAAGAGAUUAUGCGUGCCAACGUUCAGAAGGACCCUCAAUUUUCUGUUCACAUUGACAUUUCCAAACCAUAUCCGCAGCGACAUGGUAUUGUCAUUGUGGAGCUACAAAGUCCAAAAAUCAUUCUUUCUUUGGACCAUGUAUUCUCUCUUCGUGACUUCAUAACAAUACCCUUCGGCAGCACAGAGACUGAUGCUCAAAAGUAUGCCCAACAAGUCAAAACCCCAGAAUCCCAUCCUAGUCAACGUCGCAAGUCCAUUUCAUAUUCGAAUCAGAAUGAACAGUCCCAGGGUAUGGAGCUGUCUUACCGCAUUAACAUUACCGAUACGGAGGCCAUUUUGCUCGCCAACCCGACCUCGCCAUCAUCAGAGGCUGUCGUCUUGUCUGCUCAGCAGAUCAUGUUCUCUCAGCAAAGUAUCAUGGCAUUAGUAGUCAAGCAGGUUGGCAUGUUCUUGUGUCGAAUGGACAAACGGAAGGAAACUACCCUCAGUUUCAUCGAUACCUUUGACAUGUCCAUGAGUAGGGAUGACAAGUCAUCGACACCUGAACAUACAAUUCUCUCUUUCAUUGUUGAUGUGGAUGCUCUUGUUCUUCGGCUCUCUUAUCGUGAUGCCAUGCUUAUUCUUGACAUUGUCAACAAGGCUCUCGAGCUUUUGAAUCGUGGUGGACAAGAAUCUCAAGGCACACUUGCAGCCAACAACGACGAUAAUGCCGAUGACAGUGCUGUUGCAAAGAUGGCUAAGCGAAAGUCACUGACUUCUACUGCUGCCACUCUAGCCAACACACCUCAGAAUUUACGACUUGCCUCUUCGCCCAAUGCUGCUCCCGUUGUUGCCAGCGAGAUGCUCAAGGCUACUUUCCAAGGAAUGCGCCUUGUGCUUAUUGAAGAUAUCCACGAGCUUCCUCUUAUUGAUAUGAACCUUGAACAAUUCUCAAUCAAGGCGUCUGAUUGGUCAAAGUCGCUGCUCGUUGAUGUCGACUUCCAGUCAUAUGCAAACUUCUUCAAUGUCAAGAACUCACAUUGGGAACCUUUGAUAGAACCAUGGAAGUUCAAUAUGAAGCUCAUGAGGAGAUCUAACCUUGAUCCAUAUGCACUGCAAAUAUCUUCACGACGUAUGCUCGAGAUCAAUUUUACUCAUACCUUCGCUGAAACCGUGCUUUCCACUCUGUCCACUUGGGAUAAGGAGAAAGGAACAGCUUUAGGACUUGCGCGAGGUUCCGUUGCUCCCUACACGUUGCGAAACUGGACUGGCUAUCAACUUCAUGUUUGGAGUAUCAACGAUGACGACAAUAGUCAAACGGUAGUCGAGAUGAUUGCCAACGGCCAAGAGGUACCAUGGAGAUUUGACGAUUGGCGCGCUCGACGUCAAGCGAGCUACAAGGGAAACAACAUGCUUGGUUUACAAAUGCAAGGUGGUCCCCUUUGGGAGAGUCUCAAGAAUAUAUCUGUAGACCACGAAGGUGAACACAUGUAUGUGCUUCGACCCAAGAUUGAUGAUGUUGCACAUCGCCUGGUGGUAGAUAUCAAAUUGGUUGAUAAUGUUAAAGUGGUCACUUUGCGUUCUGCCAUGGUGGUGGAGAAUCGUACCCUUCUGCCAGUCGACGUAGUCAUGGUCGAUAAUAAGGGUAACAUGGCCUCGGAUAUACACAAGAUAGCUCCAGGCGACGACUAUGCUGUUCCCAUCGAAGCUUCCUACCAUCAUAGUCUGCGAGUCAGACCUGAUGCUGGAUUUGGAUAUUCAUGGAGUCGCCAGCAAAUCUUUUGGGCCGAUAUCACCCAAAACCGUUGUCCACGGUCUUUGGCUUGUUAUCCUGGAGAACGCGGACCCCCUCCUUUCCGAUUCCAGGUUCAUGGCCGAUAUGACAAGAAGAAUCCUUUAUCAAAGUACUAUCCAUGUUCCAAAAUUCGUUUGAGUGCGCCUGUAGAGAUUGAGAACUUGCUUCCGUACGACUUCAACUUCCGUAUCGUGGACAAAGACACUGGCCAAGACUUCAGUUCCUUCCUUCGCAAGUCUGGAACCAGUCCUUUGCACGUCGUUGAAAUGGGUCACUUAUUGCUGAUGAACAUCCAUAUGCAAGAAAGCGUUUAUAAACCCAGUGAAUUUGCGAUCAUAAGCACACACGACAACGAUGACCUUAACAUCGAUGACAAGUUUACGCUUCUGGAUAACGAUAACGUACCAUUGACGCUUAGAAUCAACUCAGUCGAGAUACCGGAAUCUGGUGGUGCACAUAAGUUCAGCAUUUACUGUCCGUACAUUAUGCUUAACAAGACUGGUCGUGACAUUGUCUACAAGGGAAAGCCAUUCAUGCAAGGUGCUAGAUUUACAGCUGGACAAAACGCGAUUAGGAAUCGUGGACGAAAGGCUGAGCCAUUCAUGUUCUCCUACCCCAAAAUUGAUAAUAGGAACAGAUGUCUAAUCCAAGUGGCAGAUUCUGGCUGGAGUCAGCCUAUUAGUUUGGAAGCAGUUGGAAGUGUCCAAGAUGUUGCGCUUCCAUCCAUCAACCGAGUGGAAGAAUUCCAUGUUGGUGUUUCCGUCCAAGAAGGCCAAGGCAAGUUCAAGCUUAUAAAGUUAAUCACUUUUACACCACGGUACAUUCUGCGUAACGACACUAGUCACGAUAUCAAGUAUCGUGAACCAGGAUCAAGAGCCGAUUCACUUCUCACCUCGAACUCUUCGCUCCCAUUAUACUUCGUGCGGCAGAAUGCCGAAAAGCAGUUGUCAAUCAAGUUCCCUGGUGUGGGCCACGCAUGGUCUUCACCAUUUAGUAUCCAAGAUAUUGGCAAGGUCCACGUGCGACUUGACACUGAGGAUGGGUCUCCACCCACCUUAAUAAAGGCCUCCAUGAUUAUGGAGGAUGCUACCAUCUUUGUCAUCUUCAAGGAGGAGAAAGGAAAAUGGCCAUACCUGCUCGUCAAUGAAACAUCAGAGGAUGUUCUCUUCUAUCAAGAGGAUCCUUCUAUGCAAGAUGAGUACGGCAACAAUCUGCAACCACGAGGCUUGAAGAAAUACCAUCUCAAGUCUGGAGAAUCUUUACGGUACUCAUGGGAUAUGCCAGCUGUCAAGGACAAGCAACUCAUCUUGAGCGUACAUGGAAGAGAACGGCGCAUCAACAUUCAAGAAAUUGGUGAUCAAAUACCGUUUAGACACAGGACUCGAGACGGUGGUUGGGAUAUUAUGUCCAUUGAUAUCAUUGCUCAAAACUCGACCCAAAUUCUUCGACUUUCUACCUACAAUCAAUCACAGAGUAUUUAUCGACCCCAGCCUUCGUCUUCAUCUGCUUCUGUGGCAUCGUCAGCUCGCGAAGGGUUCGAGACCGUUGAUGUAGAGCAUGUUGUGAACUUUAUCUUCAACAUCAAACUAGCUGGUAUUGGUGUCUCCAUCGUCAAUAAGCACAUGCAAGAAAUUGCCUAUGCAACAGCUAGAGAUUUGGAUGUCAAGAUAACCGAUUCAAACAUGUACACUUCACUGCGAACCAAUAUCAAGUGGCUCCAGAUUGAUAAUCAACUAUUUGGUUCUAUCUACCCCAUCCUGCUUUACCCAUCUGCGCUUCCUAAGGAUACAGAAGAUAGAAUCAUGGUGCCUACGUUCCAGCUUGGUCUUGAUAAGGUCAAGGAUGACACACACGGUGUAUCAUUCUUCAAGUAUUUCUCGGUCCUGCUUCAAGAAAUGACUUUCGAAAUGGACGAGGAUUUCUUGUAUGCCAUUAUUGACUUUACCCAAUUUAAUGUUGCUGGAUGGAACGCUGCUGAAACUGAUGUCCAACUAUGUGAUGACAAUUUGGAUAUUCCCGAGCCCAAGACUACCGAUGAUGUUGCCCAGCUCUACUUUGAAGUAUUCAACAUUCAGCCUGUUAAGCUUAAUUUGUCAUUUGUGCGAACUCAAGGUGUUAAUAUCGUCGAUGAAAGACCAACGGGUGACUCUGCUCUUAUGUUCUUAAUCAACGUGUUAACAAUGGCUCUUGGUAACAUUAAUGAGGCUCCAAUUCGAUUUAACGCCCUGGCAGCUGAAAACAUGCGCGUCAACGAUUCUGACUUGAUCAACCGUGUGACAAUGCAUUAUCGCGAGCAGUUCAUAUACCAGAUUCAUAAAGUACUUGGUUCUGCGGACUUCCUUGGAAAUCCGGUAGGCUUGUUCAACACCCUCAGUUCAGGUGUAGCUGAGCUCUUCUACGAACCUUAUCAAGGUAUGAUCAUGAAUGAUGGUCCUCAGGAACUUGGAAUUGGUAUCGCAAGAGGUGUAAGCGGUUUUGUGAAGAAGAGUGUGUUCGGAUUCUCUGACAGCUUCACCAAAUUCACUGGAAGUAUUGGCAAAGGACUGUCAGUUGCUACGAUGGACAGAGCAUAUCAAGACCGUCGCCGCAUCAACAUGACGAGAAACCGCCCCAAACAUGCCCUCUAUGGUGUAACAGCUGGUGCAAACUCGUUUGCCAACAGUUUUGCCAGCGGUGUAGCUGGUCUGGUGAAACGACCAAUUGAAGGCGUCGAGAAAGACGGUGUUGGAGGAUUCUUUACCGGUGUAGGCAAAGGUCUUGUUGGUGUGGUCACCAAACCCAUGGUCGGCGUAUUCGACUUGGCCAGUAAUGUGACCGAAGGUAUUCGUAAUACCACUGCAAACGACACUCUCAUCGACCGCGUACGAGCACCUCGACACGUUGGUGCUGAUGGAAUUCUCACACAAUACUCCACGAGAGAAGCACAAGGUCAACUCUGGCAAAAGAUGGUUGAAGGAGGCCAAUACAGCAAUGAGAACUAUAUAGCUCAUUGCGAAGUACAAGACACAGAGGUUGUCGCCAUCCUUACCGACGCAUCCAUCAUGCUAGUCAAGACCCGUCGCUUAACUGUCGACUGGAGAGAGCCAUUUACCGAAAUACAAACCAUCAAAUGCGAACCCACCGGUGUUGCUAUUUAUCUUCGAAGCAGAGCCUGGGAGCCUUUCAUCAUCAUCUCUGACAGAAGGAGCAGAGAGCAAUUUUUCAACCAAAUCGAGAGUACUGUGGUUCGCUGGUCUCGCAAGGUUAGACCAGAAUACUAAAUAAAGAACCCAGGUAGACGUAGAACUUGUAUAUAUCAGUUUUUAAAAAAAAGUCUUAUAUCUUAGCUUUUGAAUAAAUGAAACGAUAUCCUAUUGUCAAGCUA